UUUACGCCAGUCGCAGGUUGUCGAAAUAAAAAAAAAAUGGCUUCCGGUGAAGCUUUAAUUUCAGAAAUUAUUAGAUGCACGAAUUUUGCAGCAAUUGAACACAAAAAUCAAAGAAGAAAAGACCCUGAAAGCACCCCAUAUAUAAAUCAUCCAAUAGGAGUAGCUUAUAUACUGACAAAUGAAGGAAAGAUUACAGACUUAAGUGUAAUACAGGCUGCAUUGUUACAUGACACAGUAGAAGACACAGAAACAACAGAUGAAAUUAAGGAAGAGUUUGGUGAUGAAGUGGCAGGCCUAGUCGAUGAAGUUUCAGAUGAUAAAAGUUUAUCCAAGAUCGAAAGGAAAAAUCUACAGAUAAAAAAUGCACCUCAUAAAAGUCUCAAAGCCAAACUGAUCAAGUUAGCAGACAAAUUGUACAAUCUACGAGAUCUAAAGAGAGCUACACCAGAAGGCUGGAGUGAGGAACGAGUCCAGGAAUAUUUUGUAUUUGCAUUUAAAGUAGUAGCUGGACUGAGAGGAAUAAAUGAUGCUAUGGAAAAAGAAUUAGAUAAAUUGUUUAAAGAAAGGGGUAUAUCAGAUUCAUAGUUCAGUAAUUUGUUAUAAGAUACUGUAAUAGUAUCAGCAUUAGAUACUUUUAUACACUUUGAAAAUCUCAGAUUCUUUGUCUCGCCUGUGAUGAAUGUUGGCAAGAAAGACUUUGUGUUAUUUAUUUUUGUCACCACCUGGGAUCUCAGUCUUAAAACUACUCAAAGCCAUUGUUUAACUUUUGUUCCUUUUACAUAGAAAUUAUUUACAUAUAUAUAUAGUAAUACAAUUUUUAUAUGAUUUUUUCUUGGACACUUAAUAUAUAUUUAA